UUGACUUUUAAGGUCAUUCUAACUACGUAUUUUUGUAUAACUGGUAAAGUAUUUAAAGUACUAUUAAAAAAUUAUCGUUUGUUUAUUUAUAAAAGCAACUUAUUAGAUUAUUUGGUAAAAGUAUCUAAAGUACAAUUUAAAGAAUAUAAUAUGUCAAACACAUCAAGAGGGAAAAGAUUGUCUAGAAAGCUUAAGACAAUGGGAGAUCAUAAUCUAUUCCUCAAUCGUAUUACCAAGUCUCUUUAUUACUCAAAAUUACCGAUGACUGAUCGUUUAAGUCUACCAGUUACAGAAUUUGCCGCGGAAUUGUUUUCUGAAGUAAAGAGUGGAUGCAGUCUCGAGCGUCUUGACGUUGAAGAAGCUAGCAGAAUCUCUCGAAAUGCUUGUGUCUCACCCUGUUCAUUUGUAUUAGCUUUACUUUAUUUGGAGCGUUUAAAAGACUGUAAUCCUGAGUAUUUGUACAAAGCUGCACCUGCUGAACUCUUUCUUGUUUCUUUGAUGGUGGCCAGUAAAUUUUUGAAUGAUGACGGUGAAGAUGAUGAAGUUUUUAACGUAGAAUGGGCUAAAUCUGGUGACUUAACACUUGCGCAAAUGAAUCGUUUAGAAAUGGAAUUUCUUGAUGCAAUUAAUUGGUCGAUUUAUGUCAACGACAAAGAAUUUUGGAAUCGAUUACGUAAGCUAGAAGAAUUGAUGGCUUACAAAGAGGCCAAAAAGCGUGGUUGGUUUUCGUACACUGAAAUAAUCUGUCUAAUGGAUACGAUACGAAUUACUGCAAUAAUAAAUACAAUUUUCAAUAUAUCGACUGUUUGUGUAGCAACAUAUGCCAUCGGACUAAUAACUCUCUUUGGUUCUGCACUGAUAACCAGUCAUAUCCCAGGAACUUAUUUAGCACUUCGACAGUCCAGUAAACCUGCUACUUUAAAUGAAUCAGAACUAAUUGUACCAGAAACAGAAUUAAUUGAAGAGACAGAGCUACCUGAUGAUUUUUUAAAAUGCAAUGUUUCAUGUAAUAAUUGCAUUGUCAAAACUCCUACUUCUACAAGCCCUGAUAAAAUAGGAUGGGUGUCUACUAUUAUUAAUUGGUUUUCAAAAACACAACUUAAAUUUGAAAAUGAUAAAUUAAAAAACCCAGAAGCAUUUAUUACAAACAGUCAAUCUCUAUUACGUGAUCAUAUUUUAUGGGAAAAUAUUAUUGUUGAAAUAAAUUGGAAAGAUACCCUAAGGGUUUAUUUUGAGUAUCCAUAA